AUUUCGCGGUUAGCAUUUGUUGGGUUUUUUAAUUAACGUAGCUAGAUUAACUUGUUUAUAUAAUGCCUUAAACUUGGCUUUGCAUUGCUGCGUUCGUAAAUAGUUUCACGCCUUGGUUUUGGACCGUAUUUCCAUGGAUUUUCAGGAAGGCGCACCUCAGGCCCGAAAACAAGUCGCUGGCUGAAAGGAGACGCAGACAGACAGAAAAACAUAAAUAGCUGUGGGUGGUGGGUGGGGGAGGGUGUUGGCGUAGCGGUUGGGCCUGGCAUAAAUAACUUGGAGGCCAAAAAGCUAUAAAACUCCGCUUUUUGGCGACAAACUCCAACUCCGCUUGACCCCAAAAAGAUAAUAUCUCAGUCCCCCGGCUGCCAGAGUGUCGGCAAGAUGAAAAUCCAUUUUCGAGAGCAGUACGGCACCAAGGGUGAGGAAAUACUGUAUGUGACGCCAGCAGAUCAAAGCAACAUUGUUCGUGUGCCGCUACGUGGCGAUAAGCUGGUUAUUCAAGAGAAGUUUCUGCUCUUUCGGGUGCUGCAGAAAAUCUUCCUGCCCAAAGGCUAUCCGGACAGCGUCAGUGAGGACUAUGCAGCCUACCAGAUCUGGGAUACUGUGCAGGCCUUCUGCAGCACCAUCUGUGGCACACUCUGUACCCAUGCCAUACUCAAAGGCAUUGGCGUGGGCAGUGAGAAUAUCAAUGCCUACUCGGCGACAGUCACCUGGAUAAUGAAGGAGGGCUGCGGUCAUGUGGGUAGAAUAUUCUUCGCCUGGUGGAAGGGCUCCCAACUGGACGUGGACUCUAAGAAAUGGCGUCUGCGUGCCGAUUUCCUUAACGAUCUCGCAAUGGGAAUCGAAAUCUAUGUGCUUCCCAAAUAUCCACAUCUCAGUACCCAAAUCCUAUGCGGAUCCACCAUGCUCAAGGCAAUUGUAGGAGUGGCUGGCGGUGCUACGCGUUCUGCUCUGACCCAACAUCAUGCGGUUAGAGGAAACCUGGCGGAUGUUGCUUCCAAGGACAGUUCCCAGGAGACGUGCGUCAAUUUGGUCGCCUCUUUUGUGGGUCUAUAUCUGCUGACGCUGAUCAAAAGCCAGGCGGUGCUCUAUACGGUGUUCUAUGUGGUUGUCGCCCUGCAUCUCUAUUCGAAUCUCAAGGCGGUGCGUUCUGUGUGUCUGCGCACAUUCAACGAAUCGCGCUACCUCAUAGCCCUGGAAGAGUACUUUCGAUCGGCGCGAAUGCUAUCUCCACAGCAGGUCAAUGGCAUGGAGAGGGUGACGCUGGGACAAACUGUAUCUGUGUCGCUCAACGUGCGCCUCGGACUGAGUGUAAAGAAUUUGAUUGACGAGUACAAGACCAGCAGUUCCAUUGACAACAUUGUCUCCUCGUUUGAUCCCCAUGAGCACUUCAUCAUAGCCGAGAGUAAAAAAUACUUGGGCGUCUAUCUGCAUUUCGAAACACGCCAGCAGGAUGUGCUCAAGGCGUACUUCUUUGCUGUUUCCUAUCUGCAGGACAGGAAUCAGAUCAAGGAAAAGUACUGGGAUGUACAAACCAAAUGGCAGGAGUUUGUAGGUCUAGCACAAAAGGAGGGUUGGCUGGUCCAUCAACAUUUGCUGCUGGUAGACGAGUUCCGUUUGGACUGGAAGGUGUAGAAUGGUGUCGCGUUGCUUGACGUUUUUGACUAAGUUGCUUUUGCUUUAAAAUAUUUGAUUUCAUUCGAAAAUCAUUAUCAUUCUCACAUAUCUCACAUAUCUCACUACAUGGUAAAACUACACAGAGCAAGAAGCAAACAAAUGAAAACAUUGAUAUUAACUAAGUGCUACUGAUAUUUAUAUAGAUUUUAGCUUCGUGAAACUCGUUCGCACAUGAACAUCUUCCAAUUAACUCUGCCUUGGCACGAAAGUAAUGUUUUAGUAACCAAAGAUAUUUGGAUAGGAGAUUUUUGUUUCCUUUUUGUUGCUUUCACACAUGAAUUUAAUACGCUAAUUUCAAUUAUUAGAAUGCUACUGGAAAAACUGGUAAAGAAACACAACACACUCGACAAAAAUCUAUUUUGUAAGAACAUAUUGUAUGUAUUUCGAUAUUUCGAGUGCCUACUGUAAUUUUUUUAGAUAAUCAAGACAACCUGCUGCACAACGAAAACAGAACCCAAGCCCCUCGCUUAAAAUGCAUUCCCCACGCCCACAUAAAAAGUGUACAAAGUUUUAAAACGUUUUUUACGCUAAA